AUGGCCACUGCCACUGCCGCCGACGACGAAUCAAUCUACCAGAUCCUCAAGGCCCACGAGCUCCCCAUGGGCCUGCUCCCCAAAGGGAUCAGCCAAUUCAGCUUCGACAGUAGGGGGCGUUUCGAGGUCUUCUUGGAUCAAGCGUGCAAUGCCAAAUUCGAAAGCGAAUUGCACUAUGAUAGGAACGUUUCCGGCACUUUAAGCUACGGUCAGAUCGGGUCGUUGUCGGGUAUUUCCGCCCAGGAGUUGUUCUUGUGGUUCCCCGUUAAGGGGAUUCGGGUCGAUAUCCCGAGUUCGGGUCUUAUUUAUUUUGACGUUGGUGUUGUUUUUAAGCAGUUCUCGUUGUCUUUGUUUGAAACGCCCAGAGAUUGUAUGGCUGUGCGGUCGGAUAAUGAUGGUUUUGUUCGGGAUGGGAAGCUUAUUGCUCAAGCUCUGUUAAAGCUUGAUCAAGAAACUGUUGCAAGGGAUGUUAUUUAGAUGAUGGUGGAGAGAGUGAUUGACAUUUUGCACAGUAGCUCAAUCAGCUAGCCAUGGGUUCUCCGUUUCCCAUUGUAAAAAAGAAAGCGGUUAGAGGCUGCUUUAGCAGAUUCUAUGCUUCAAUUUUGUGUGGUUGCUUGCAUUUUCUUAUCCAUAGAUCCGAAGUUGCAGACUAGUUAAGCCAGCUCUUGUCUAUGCGAGGAGGCCAGUGAAUUUGAGAGAGAAAAUUGAAAUGAGGCUUAUUCUUUGGAUGAUUAAGAGAGGCAGAACAUAAUUCAGUUGAAGUGAUUUCAGGUGAUAACUCUGCAAGAUAUAAUUUUUUUCUUUUCAAUUUUGUAUGUUGAAUUUAUUGUAUUAUCAAUACAAGGAUGGAUGGUAUAUUGAGUCUCUUUUUCUAGUAUAAGUUUUAGGUCGAACGAGAGACACAAACUUAUAUGAAUUGUGAUAUAAGAAUUCAAAUAAUAAAGCUUUAUUGCUUAAUUUAACAUAUAUGCUUCUUAUCUCAAGUUUUCUAGUGCUUUCUUGUUUAACCCACUAACAUGUUUUUGUGUUUCAAUUCUAUAUUGCAAUGGAUAUUAUCUAAUGGGUUAAUUAGAGGUGAUGGAGGAAUGGGAGCACGAGAAAUUCAUUGUUCAAUUUGCAAUUAUUUUGUUCUUUCUCAAAGGGACUUAUAUUUAUAUUGUU